AUUUUCACCAGGGGGGUUGGAUUGUACUAGGUUACUCAACUAGUUGUACUUGUAUUUGUACUUGGGAUACUCUUUUCACGGUAUAUAAUCAAUACACAUGGGGGCUUUUCAGUUUUUCUUGGUGUGCCUCUAUUCAUUUGCCCUCGCUUGAUCAAGCGGAAGGCAUCACGGGACAGAGCCUCUCUUUGUUAGAUGAAUUUAUUCCUACCUCUGUCUUGACCGCCGACCUACUCUCUCGAGAAAGGCAGGUUAGCCGUUCAGAUAGUAUUCACUCGAGAGCAUUAGUGAUCUAUUCGAAAAUGGCGGAGGAAACGAGGUUGAAGAUCGGUGUCUCUUUCCUUCACCUUAACUGUCAUGGAUAUCACAUCUCGGACAGAUAUCAAGACACCCUGACCUCGUAUACUCUUGCAUUCCCCAAAUGGCUGGUAUCAGUGUUCACGUCACGUCAGCAAGAAAGGGUUCAGAUACUUCACGACUUCCAUGGCAUCAUCCACCCGGGUGAGAUGCUUCUUGUAUUAGGACGACCUGGCAGCGGAUGCUCGACGUUUCUGAAAACUCUGGCGGGAGAUGACCGUGACUUUCAGGUCCACUCAACAUCAGAGGUUAACUAUCAAGGAAUAUCAUACAAGCAGAUGCACAGAAAGUUCAAAGGAGAGCGUGUUUAUGUCUCCGAGCUAGAUGACCACUUCCUAGAUCUGACCGUAGGACAAACCCUCGACUUUGCAGUUUCCACGCGUGACAAUCAAGCAACUGGGAUCGAUGCAUGGGAUAUUGCUCCAAGGCUUGGGCUGGAAAGGAAUAGAGGUGGAAAUGUAGCUCUUCGUGCCACAGGUCCCGCAGAUAAACGCCGAACUAGCAUUGUAGAAGCAUAUAUCGGCGGUGCGCAACUACAAUGCUGGGAUAACUGCAGUCGUGGACUCGACAACUCCACCACCCUCCAAUUAAUCCAGCUGUGUCGUGAAUCAGCAGAGUCACGCGGCUCCACCAUUGCUAUGAGUCUGUAUCAACCAUCAGAGGCGAUGUACACGAGCUUCGGCAAGGUUAUGUUGCUAUACGAGGGCCAUCAGAUAUAUUUCGGGCCAGCCAGUUCCGCCGUUGAAUAUUUCACCAAACUCGGGUUCGUCCAGCCAGAAGGGACGACGACGGCCGAAUUUCUCACGUCUUUGACAAGCCCGUCCCAGCGUAUCAUAAAGGAGGAUUUCGAGGGAAAUGCCCCAAGGUUCCCGGAAGAGUUUGCUAGCGUGUGGAAGCGCAGCGAGCAAUAUAAACAACUUAUUACCACAAUCAAUGAUUUUAACAAGACGUAUCUAAGUAAAGAAGAUUCGGUCCAAAGGCUCCAGAGACUCCGAACUAGCACCUUUCCCCUGGCGAUAUACCAGCAGCUCAUCCUCUGCCUCCGCAGAUCAGCCCAGCGCAUACGUAACAAUCUCACCGAGAACAUCUCUACGAUUUUCGUGAACAUCGUCAUGGGCCUUAUUACCGGAAGUGUGUUCUACAAGACGGGGAACUCGGGUAACACUACAGAUAGCAUGCAAGAACGCGCUAUUCUCCUAUUCUAUACUCUGAUGAUCAAUUCUUUCACGCCGGCCGUCGAGUCCACACUCAUGUGGCUGCAGCGUCCUAUCCUCGAAAAGCACUCCCGAUACGCCUUCUACCACCCCUUCACCGAGAGACUGGCCUCCGUAUUGGGCGAUAUUCCAAUGAACGUCAUCACCACCCUGGCCUGCCACAUCCCGCUGUACUUCCUAUCGGGGCUGCGAAGGUCCGCCUCGGCAUUCUUCACUUACUGGUUGCUCAUGCUGGUGAAUCUUACCACGAUGUCCAUGUUCUUUCGCAUGAUGGGCUCCGUCACCCGCACCCAGGAACAGACCCUGGCCACUGUGUCCAUUAUCACUCUGCUUUGUGUCAUGUAUGUUGGGUUCGCGGUGCCGUCCCUCUAUAUGGUCCCGUGGCUCGCUUGGUUCUGGCGCAUUAAUCCUGUAGCGUACACUUUUGAGAGCUUGAUGAUAAACGAGUUCAAUCACAACUACUUUACUUGCUCGAGAUAUGUUCCAGUAGGCCCGGCUUAUAGGAACAUCACGCCCACUGAGAGGAUUUGCGCCGCUGUCGGAAGUAUCUUGGGGCAACCGGGCGUGGAAGGGAGUGAUUACAUAUUAUCGGGAUAUGGAAACGUUACGAGUCAUAUGUGGCGUAAUUUCGGCAUAGUCAUCGCGAUGAUGGCCUUCUUUUGCCUCGUAUACCUCGUCGCCUCUGAAUACAUCCCCGCCCAAAGGUCACGCGGAGAAGUAUUACUUUAUCAUCCGGAUAAGUCAAACAAGAAGAAUCGCAUCCUAGACUUGGAGGCUGCCGUCACGCUGUCUCCGAGCCUCGAUCGCACCAUUACCAGUGAUAAGCCCGGCAUACCUACGCAUAUCGAUAUAGUGCCGACUACACCUAGGACCUAUCGCCCAGCUGCAGUCGUUUAUUGGGAAGACCUCGCUUACGAUAUCGAGACACCAAGCGGUACGCGAAAUAUCUUGCAGAAUGUGGAUGGAUGGGUAAAGCCUGGGACACUUACUGCGUUAAUGGGGGUCACGGGGGCCGGAAAGACUGCUCUUCUAGAUGCGCUGGCUCAGCGUGCGACUACGGGUGUGGUGGGCGGUACUAUUCGUGUCAACGGCCGACCCCGAGACUCCAGCUUCCAGCGACGGACCGGAUACGUGCAACGGAACGACGUCCACCUCCCUAGUGUGACAGUGCGGGAGGCAUUAGAGUUCAGCGCCCUGCUAAGACAACCGCGAAAUAUACCAAAGGACGAGAAGAUCGCAUACGUGGACGAUAUCAUACAAGAGCUAGGGAUGCAGUAUUAUGCCGAUGCAAUCGUCGGCCUCCCGGGAGAGAGCCUUAACGUGGAACAGCGCAAGAUACUGACGAUAGCUCUGGAGCUAGUUGCCAAGCCAGAUUAUCUACUGUUUCUCGAUGAACCAACCACGGGAUUGGAUAGCGAAUCUGCUUGGUCCAUCUGCUCGCUACUACGGAGACUGGCGGAUAAUGGGCAGACCGUGCUUUGCGCAAUCCACGAACCUUCCGCUCAGCUAUUCCACAUGUUCGAUCAACUCCUUUUACUCGAUAAAUCUGGAAAGCCGUUAUAUUUCGGCGACAUCGGUCGAAAUGCAUCGUCGGUAAUCAGCUAUUUUGAAGAGAAUGGCGCCCCUAAGCUGCAACCGAAGGGCAACCCUGCCGAGUGGAUAUUGGAUGUUACUAGCAAGGAACCUGAAAUGGGCACUCGAGAUGCGCAGAAUACGCAACAAGAACCAAAGCAGCAGACAUGGCCCGAGAAAUGGCACACGAGUCCGCAAAGACAACUCGUCGUGCAAGAAAUCGCCCACCUCAAAGACAGUCUCGCGAGCUCCUCCCGCCGCGUCCUCGACUUCGCCGACUACGAAUACUCCGCCUCGACCCUCAACCAGGUCCUCUUACUCUCAAAGCGCAUCUGCCAGGACCAGUGGCGGGACCCGCCGUUCCUGUACUGCAAGAUCCUGCUGCCGAUCGGGCUGGCGCUGGUGAACGGGAUCUCGUUCUACAACUGCGCGCACGAGGUGCACGGGCUCAUCAGCCUCUUCUUCUCCAUCUUCCUCAUCCCCGCCAUGUUCGGCGUCAUCAGCCGCCACGUCAUGCUCCGCUUCCUCAGCGGCCGGGAUUUGUUUGAGGCUCGCGAGCGCGGGGCCAAGACCUAUAGCUGGGUCGCGUUUGUGACGGCGAAUGUGCUGGUGGAGCUGGUGCUGCAUACGCUGAUUUCUGUCCCGCUGUUCGCGGCGUGGUACUAUCCGACGGGGCUGUUCCGUAAUGGGGUCCCCGGGUUUGGGACGACGGAGAGAGGGGGGCUCGCGUUCAUUCUUAUGUGGCUUUUCAUCAUCUGGUCGAGCACGUUCUGCCAGGUGCUUGCGGCUGGGUUUCAGCUGAUUGAGACGGCAGUGGAGGUAGCGACUUUAUGCACGUGGCUGUCCAUUGCUUUUGGAGGUAUCCUCGUAUCCGCCGAAAGCCUCCCCCACUUCUGGAUCUUCAUGUACUAUCUCUCGCCCUUCACCUACUUCCUGGAAGGGCUAGUAGUCGUUGGUGUUGCGGACAUCGAGAUCAAGUGCGCGCCGACGGAGAUGCUGCAGCUCGAGAUCGCGCGCAACUCGACGGCCCAGACGUGCGGCGAGUACCUCCAGCCCUACGCCACCAUGACCCACGGCUACGUCGCCAACCCCGACGCCACCGAGAACUGCCAGUACUGCCAGGUCUCCGGCUCGAAUGCGAUUCUCGCCAGCAUUGGCCUCGAUCCAAGUCACUCGUGGCGCAAUGCGGGGAUUAUGGCGAUUUAUGUCGUUUUCAAUAUUGUGGCGGUUUUUGCGGUUUAUUGGGCGGUGAGGGUGCCGAGGAAGAGGAGGUAGGAAGGCCGAUGAGGUGUCUGUCUUUUAAAAUUGGGAAAAAUAAGAUUGAAUUUCCUUUUAGGUAUCAAGCUGAAGCGUUCGCCAGGAACUAAAAGCACAUUAAUCCUACAUAUCACUAGGUACCUACCCCAGGUAUAUAUGUCUACCACGAAUUUUAUCACAACAAUAUUGUAUGUACCUAUGAGUUGUUGUUUGCAGAACUCGGAUUUCCACUGAAUUCUAAAUCCUCUGCUUGUGUACCUAGUUACCCAGUUGAUAGCUUGUAUUUUGUUGUAUUCAGGAUUUUCGUACCUACAUAAAUGCCUCAUUUCUAUAUGUGAUAAGUUCGUGAACACUACUCGUUAGGUAAGAGGUAUCUACUUAUGGAGUGUAAUAACUCAUGUACCCUUAUCUAUAAGAAAUUGCAUAGCUUUGAGAAUAGAUUCACGGCUGGAGUUAGUCUUCGUAACAAGUUGCCUCUCUCCGUCGUAUAAGUCAAAAGGGGCCACAACCCCUGGAGAUUAUCA